GGACUAAUAUUCCCUCCAGAGAGUCCGGGGGUUGCCUUAGGUAAAGAAUUCCCAACUUUGUGUGACGGAGCGAUGUACUUUUGUUCUAUUUUUUUGGUACAUAUUUUGCUUCUGAGAGUUCAGGUGUGUCCAGGUGGUCAAGCUCAAAGGUAGACGCUCGUGCUGCCAGCGCCAGGCCUCAGCAUGCGCAGGCGUCUGGACCGGAUCCGUAACUGGAGCCACAGAUGGGGGGACGACCCGGCCGAGUCGCCCAGCACGUCGGACACAGAAUGCAACGAGGAGGUCCUUUCCAGAACACCCCCUGCCCUCCAGGAGGACCCCAAAACCGAUCUCAACGAGGUCAAAGGUCAUCUCGAGAUCACCUUGUUAGAGAAACACUUCUUACAGGAGGAGCUGAGGAAACUCCGAGAAGAAGAGAACAGCGUGGACACGCUGCGUGAGGCGCUGGAGAAAGAGCACUGCAGGAACGUGGAGCUGGAGCAGAAGAUCAAAAACAUGAGUCGCAGACUUGAAGAUGCCACGGGUGCCGCUCCCAUAGCUCCGCCUCCACAGGCCCUCGGCGCUGCAGAGAAAGACAAGGAGGACAUGUACUCCCGCUUCCAGAGGUGGCUCCUCCGCUAUUUGGGCGUCGACUUCCAGGACUUCAACUUCCAGCCCGAGGAGGAAGUGGCGGAGCCGGACGAGCAGCUCAGUGCCAGGAGGCUGACAGAAAACAUGAGACGUCUCAAGAGAGGACUGAGACCCGUGACGAACUUCAUGAGGGACUUGUCGGCCCUUUCCAGCUGGUACUCGGUCUACACGUCGGCCAUCGCCUUCACUAUGUACAUGUAUGCAACGUGGCGUGGAUGGACCAUCUCCAUGUUCCUGUUCCUCGCCGUCCUCCGCCUCUCUUUAAAUUACCUCAUCGCCAGGGGCUGGCGGAUCCAGUGGAGCAUCGUGCCGGAGAUCUCAGAACCCGUGGAGCCCCCCAGGGAGGACCUGACCGUCACGGAGAAAUUCCAGCUGGUCCUGCACGUGGCCCAGAAAGUUCAGAACAUCUUCGGCAGGAUGGCCGACAUCUUGGAGAAGAUCAAGAAUCUCUUCAUGUGGGUGGAGCCUAAGUUAACCAAGAAGCUGUACGUGGCUCUGUGGGUGCUCUUCAUCGCCUCCUGCCUGCUGCCUUACAAAGUGCUGGGACUCAUCAUCGGUGUGGUUGCCGGCGUCAAGUUCUUCAUCAUCAACUUCAUCUUCAGGAGCUGUCCCAAACUGCGGGAACGUUACGACACGGCUCACAUCGUGUGGACCAGCCUGCCCACAGACCUGCAGCUGAGGGAGCGUGGCGACCCCUCGCUAUCCCGACGGCUGUCUGAGUGUGACCAGGUUCCUCCUGGGGAGGACGUGGGAGCAGGAAGGUCCUUCAGCACCAAGAGAGGAGCCUUCCAUGAGGUCUUCAACCUGCCAGAGAGUGAACUUCCACUGACAGCGUGUGAGGGCGGUUGGCGCUGCUGCCUGAUUAACCGUGAUAAGAAGACGCCCACAGACUACAUCCGUCAUGGCGUGCUCUACGUCACGGAGAACCACCUGUGCUUCGAGUGCUCCAGGUCUUCGUCCUCCAAGAGGAACAAAGUCAUCAAGCUGCUGGACAUCGUGGACAUCCAGAAGUACAAAGUCCUGUCCGUCCUCCAAGGCUUUGGCAUGGGCAUCUCCAUAACAACACCCUCCACCCAGAAGCCCCUGGUGUUUGGAGCCAUGGCCAACCGCGACGAAGCCUUCCACCUCAUCUCCAGCCAGCACAAGAAGAUGGUCGCCAUGGUUACCGCCGCCAUCCCAGAGACGUAGGAAGCGGACUGUGGUCCUCCUCCAAACACCAGGAAGCUCUCACACAGGAAGUCACCUCUUCUGGACUUUAAUGGCAUUUUAGCCCUUUGCUUUGUUUCAACCUAAAAAUCAUGUUGCCAUCUUGGAAGCAUGCUAACAUUUUAUGGUAGCUUUUUAAGCUCAUUUUCUUAUGUUUGAACCUUAUAAUCAUGGCGCUAUCUUGGAAGCAUGCUAACAUUUUAUGUAAGCUUUUUUGCUCAUUUUUUCUGUUUGAACCUAAAAAUCAUGACGCUAUCUUGGAAAUAUGCUAACACUUUAUGCUAGCUUUUUAGCAAUUUUUUUUGUUUGAACCUAAAAAUUGUGGCACAAUCUCAGAAGCAUGCUAACAUUUUAUGUUAGCUUUUGAGCUCAUUUUUUCUGUUUGAACCUAAAAAUCAUGGCGCUAUCUUGGAAAUAUGCUAAGACUUCAUGCUAGCUUUUUAGCAAUUUUUUUUUGUUUGAACCUAAAAAUCAUGGCACUAUCUUGGAAGUGUGCUAACAUUUUUUGCUAGCUUUUUAGCUUUUUUUUUUUUUUAACCUAAAAAUCAUGGCGCUAUCUUGAAAAUAUGCUUAUAUUUUAUGCUAGCGUUUUAGCAAUUUUUUUUCUUUUGAACCUUAAAUCAUGGUGCCAUCUUGAAAAUAUGCUGACAUUUCAUGGUAGUUUUUUAGCUAUCCAUCCAUCCAUUUUCUACCACUUAUUCCCUUUAUUUUUUUUUAUAUUUAAACUUAAAAAUCAUAGCGCUAUCUCGUAAAUAUGCUAACAUUUUAUGGUAGUUUUUUAGAAAAUGUAUUAUGUUUAAACCUAAAAAUCAUGUCCCCAUUUUGGAAGUAUGCUAAAAUUUUAUGGUAGUUUUUAAGCUAAUGUUUUUAUGUUUGAACCUAAAAAUCAUGGUGCUAUGAUGGAAGCAUGCAAAAAUUUUAUGGUAGCUUUUUUGCUCAUUUUUUCUGUAUAAACCUAAAAAUCAUGACGCUAUCUUGAAAGCAUGAUAACAUUUUAUGGUACCUUUUUUUGCAAAUUUUUUCUGUUUGGACCUAAAAAUCAUGGUGCCAUCUUGAAAGCAUGCUAACAUUUAAUGCUAGCUUUUUUGCAAAUUUUUUCUAUUUUUACCUAAAAAUCAUGGCGCUAUCUUGGAAAUAUGCUAAUAUUUUAUGCUAGAUUUUUAGCUUCUUUUUUUUAACCUAAAAAUCAUGGCGCUAUCUUGGAAAUAUGCUAACAUUUAACGCUAGCUCUUCAAAUAAUUUUGUAUGUUUUUACCUAAAAUUUGGUGCAUUUACAUUAACUUGUUUUACGUCAUGCUAACAUUAGCAUGCUAACAUUUUAGCUAAAUAUGUAUGUCCACCCAAAAAUCAUGGAUUUGCAUACUUGGGACAAUCUUGGAAGUAUGUUAACAUCUCUUGUAUAAGCAUGCUAAUGUUUUAUGCUAGCUUUUUUCGCUAAUUUUGUAUGUUUAUACCUAAAAAUCAUGUUUUUUAUGUAUUCGGCGCCAUCUAGUAAAUAUGCUAACGUCUGCAGACUAGCGUUUUAUGCUAGCUGUUCAGCUAAUUUCGUAUGUUUACAUUUAAAAACUACUGCAUUUUAAUACUUGGCGCUAUCUUAGAAGUACACUAAUUUGUCAUAAAUCAUCAUGCUAAUGUCAGCAUGCUAGCAUUUUAUUCUAGCUUUUUAGCUAAAUUUGUAUGUUUACACCCAAAAAUCAUGGACAUGGAUACUUGGUGUAAUCUUACAAGUAUGUUAACGCGUCUUAUAUAUGCAUGCUAAUGUUAGCAUGUUCAUGUUUUAUGAUAGCUUUUUAGCUAAUUUUGUACAUUUAUACUUAAAAAUCACUCAUUUUGAUUCUUGGCGCCAUCUCAGAAGUAUGAUAACGUCUCUUAAAUCGGCAUGCUAACGUUUUAUGCUAGCUUGUUUAGCUAAUAUCGUAUAUUUAAACCUAAAAAUGGCCAUCACAAUUUCCGCUGUAAUUUUUUCUAGUUAUUAUUAUAGCAAAUAAUACAAUGCCGGAAUCGAUUUGAAUCAAGAAACGAUUCUGAAUGGAAUCGGAAUCAAAUUGAAUCGUUAGUUGCCCAAAGAUUGACAUUCGGAGUUUAUUCAACUUUCAAGUGAACAAAACAUAUAGUUCACUCUUUUUCAAGGUUGGACUUUUUAAAAGCACUUUAAUUGUUAAUGUGUGUACUUUUAGAACAAUGCAGCUUCUUAUAGCUUAUGCAAAGUCUUUUUUUUUUUUCUCAAAUUGUGUUUUUGAACGGCCUUCUUGGGAUCUUCCCUGAUGGUAUGAUGUGUUUUUAGACUUCCUGCUGCUGCUAAAAUGAAAUACAUUUGUAUUAUUUUAGUGCAAUCCUGCUUUUAAACCAGGCGUGUCCAAAGUAUGCUAAUAUUAGCAUGCUAGAUUCUUUUUUUUUUGUUGCAAAUAUUGCAGGUGUUAAUUUUUUACCUUCACAAACGGUACCUGUUUGCAUGCUAAUGUUGUUAUGCUAGCUUUUUCUUGUGUUGCUAAUUUCGUAGUUGUACACCUCGGUCGUAUUUUGGUAUUUGAUGCAUGCUAAUGUUAGCAGGCUAGCAUUUUAAACACAUUUUUCAGGUACACAACUUAGAGUAAUAUAUUUUGGUAUUCAACACACGAUACAGGUAGCAUUUUAGUAUGCUAACAUUAACAUGCAAGAUUUUUUUUUAAGCUAAUUUAGCAGGAAUACACCUCAGAGUAAUAUAUUUUGGUAUUCGACCCGCAUUACAGUUAGCAUUUUAGCAUACUAGAUAUAUUUUUUGAAGCUAAUUUAGCAGGAAUACAUCUCGGACUAAUAUGUUUUUGUAUUCGACACGCGUUAGCAUUUUAGCAUGCUAACAUUACCAUGCUGUAUUAUUUUUUUUAUUUAAUUUUGCAGGAAAACACCUCAGAGUAAUAUAUUUUGGUAUUCGACACGCGUUAGUUAGUAUUUUAGUAUGCUAACAUUAACAUGCUGGAUUAUUUUUUUUAGCUAAUUUAGCAGGAAAACACCUCGGAGUAAUAUAUUUUGGUAUUCGAUAGACGCUAGUGAGCAUUUUAGCAUGCUAACAAUAACAUGCUAUAUUAUUUUUUGAAGCUAAUUUAGCAAGAAUACACUUCAGAGUGAUAUAUUUUGGUAUUGGACACAUAUUACAGUUAGCAUUUUUAGCAUGCUAACAUUAACAUGCUAGAUUAUCUUUUUAAGAUAAUUUAGCAGGAAUACACCUCGGAGUGAUAUAUUUUGGUAUUCAACACACGUUACAGUUAGCAUUUUAGCAUGCUAAUAUUAGCAUGCUAGAUAUCUUUUUAAGCUAAUGUAGCAGGAAUACACCUCAGAGUAAUAUAUUUUGGUAUUCUGCUAGUGUUAACUAAGUAUCGUUAGCAUAUUAACAGAGUACUGUUAGCAUGCCAGAUUUUUAGCUCAUUUUGUUAAUUUUUUUCCUCAGUGGAAAAAGUGUGGACACGCCUGUUUUAAAAUAGGCGUCUCGUUUUUGUGCAGUACUCAAUUGUUCCUGCUGGUGUCAGUAGUGGGCAGUAGUCACUGUCUUUUGAAUAGAUAAAUGAAUACAAAUGUAUUUUUCUCAAUAAGAUAAUAAAAUGCUAAUAAAAAUGA